CAGGGAGUCGCGCCAUUCGAUGCCUCUGGCACUUGAAACUGUUAAACUGACCAUGGACUCGUCGCCAACCGUUUCGACUUGCUACUAUCAGCGAGAGAGCGAGAGAUGAUCCUCGAAGCCUUCCUUGCCUAUCACCCGGCGAACUCCUAUAUCUGCAGACUAUCUGGCCAGGUCUGGGAUCAUAAUCAAACAAUCUAGUCGGCCAUCUGAACAGCAGAGUACAUCAUGGAAUCUACGGAAGGUGCGGCGGCGGCAUCGGGGAAACGCACGACGACGGCUUGUGAUCGGUGCAAAGAGAAGAAGCGGAAAUGUAUCGUCACAAAUGAGGGCAAAGGGUGCGACCGUUGUGUGAGACUCGGGACCUCCUGCGUUUAUUCCGAGCUCUCUACGACAAGCUAUAUCCGGUCGCUACAACAGAAGAUCGAAGAGCUGGAGGGAAGGUUGAACCAGACGCUACCAGGACCUGGACCUAACCCCAAUACGGAUGUCAAGCCCGAUGCUGUCCCUUCCUCUUCCAAUCAUGAUUCAGGGUCUGGCUUCGACCUCGACCAAACCCGACCCCCUCUGAUCAACGCCUCUUCGUCGUCAUCAUCUACGAUACCUAGAUCGGCAUACCCUGUUCUGACGAGCCCGCCUCUUCAGGUUGGACAACAUCAACAUCACCAUCAACAAUAUCCGCACGUCCUCAACCCGAACUAUACUGCCACCUCUACCAACAAUAACCCGAAUAACAGCUUCAACUUGAACCUGGAAACUAGAUCACACAUCAGCUCUCCUCGAUCCAUCCACUCCAUCCACUCCCACUCUCCCUCGGAUCGCCUUGCCUUCCUGCACCCCCCGCAAUCCUCUCACUCUGGCCAAGGCUAUUCGGGCGUAACGAGACUCGGACACCCGGAAGCUCAUAGGGUCUGGAAACAUCGAACGUUGUUACCUCAAGAUGUUGCCGAUGGGGAUACAGAGUUUUUGCAUCCGGUUACGAGGACGGCUUAUCCGUUGGAUCUGGAUACGACGCUUAGGGAGAUGCGCGUCGGUGGAAGUGGAAGUAGAAGUGGGGUCCCAGCGGAUGCAAGAGCGUCACGGAAAGGAGGUGGAGAUAGACCUGGAAACAGCGUUAUCGGGCCAAAUGGAAGGGUCGAUCUGGAUGCGACCACGACGGCCAAGGGGAAGGAUACUGAGCGGACGGACCAGGACCCGAGGAAAAGUAAAAAGCGGAAGUUGGACGUUGGAGGAGAUAUUGACGGGAGCCGGAGCGAUGACGACGAGGGUAGUAACAACGAUCGGACAGGAGUCGGAGACGAGUAUGACACCCUGGUGGACACGUUAACGGACCGGGAGUUGCCUAGGAGGAUGGUACAGCGAGUCACAGACAAGUGGUUACAAGGAGAUGACGUCCACAUUCUCUAUCAGCAGUUCUUUGACAAUCUAAACGCCUUUAUCGCUCUGCUCGACCCGUCCCUCCACACCCCUCAAUAUUGUCUUCGAACAUCCCCACUUCUCCAUGUCACCAUCCUCGCCGUGACAACAUUUGUCUAUCGCUCCUCGAUCUAUCCGGCAUUCUUCGAAUGCGCCAAUGUCCUCCUUGCUCAGGCGUUCAUGUCAGGGGAAGUUGAGAUAGGUCUAUGUCAGAGCUUGAGUCUAUUGAGCGUCUGGAAAGAACCGACGGAUCACCGAUCUUGGCUCAGGGUCGGAUACGCGAUCAGGGCGGCGUAUGAACUCGGCCUCCAUGAAGCGCCGGUGAGGCCGUUAUCAGACGACCCGCUUGCGGCUAGGGAACAGUUGAACAAGGAGAGGACGUUCCGUCAAUUGGCCUUGUUUGACCGAACCAUGUUCAUGCUUCAUGGACGAACGCAAUCGAUGAUCGGCGUCGAGGUUAUCUGGCAGCUCCCUGAAUGGCUCGUGGACCACCCGCAAGUAUACACCUACGCCGACGGGAUGCUCGCAGCUUCUUACCCGCAGAGCGAAGCUAUCGCACACCUUUUACACGGGACCGGAACUACUGAGUUGGACAAUACAACCUCGUCCUUUUUGGCUUCGAACGUGCAGAACGAGUCGCAUGCAUGGGCUAGGUGUUGGUUGAGCGAUGAUCCCCCGGCUCCUCUCCACCCCGUUUCGAGGACUUUCCUGGUCUUUUACAACUUGACUACGCAAUUCGACAUCACCGAAUGGAUGACACGCGUAACGGCGUUUAAGGGCAGACUCGAGCUAUUUGCCAACAUGCUUUCUCGGGCACUGGAGAUAUUACGCUAUGUCAUCAGCGACCUCGCCCCGGCGGGAAUCCUGCUCUGGGCUCCCGAUGUGGUGUCUUUCAAGAUCGCCAAGUCCGCUUACCUAUUGGCCAAGAAACUGGCUGGGAUGACCGACCACAUGGCCGACGAAGUCGUCCUAGUCCUCACCGAUCUAAGCGAGGUAUACCAGGACGCCGCGAAAAAGUCCCGGCCGAUCAUGCAUUCUGCCCGAUUCUUCGCCGACCUCGCUCAGGUUGCGGCUACGAGGGGAAAAGCAGAUGAUCGGGAUGUGGAUCCCUCCCUUGGUGAUGGGACGGAUGGAGGGCAACAGGAUCUUGCGGAUAGCGUAUCGGGAAUAGGACAGUUGAACUGGGCAGACCUGCUGCAAGACUUUGAGGAAUGGCAAGUCCCACUCAGAGCUUUGCCGUUGUUCCGGCGUGUAUAUUGAUUUCGAUCCCGAUCUUGCUGUUGCUGUUUCGGGAUUGAAUAGGUUACCGGAUCAUUUCCUGCCUAAUAUUGAGGAUUUCGGGUGGUCUGGAUAUACACCGGCUGUAGCGGGUCUUCCGCCCGAUGCGGGGCAACAACAAUAAAGAAUUCAAAGCAGGAAUUUUAUGAAUCGCACUGUAUGUCACACGGGUCAUGAUGACGAGCAUGCGAGAUCCGUGUCAAUGUACAACAACGAACACGAAGGGUGGGAACCCUGCAAUCGACGCCUAUCGACAUGACCUGAUCGGGCUCGAGCUGGGUCAAUGUUUCGCGUUUCAGGGGUCGAGAUUCAGUCAUAUCCAAGUCAUAGGGUUAUUUAGAGCGUGGAGUAUAAGCUCGAUUGUGCCCGCCUAGGGCUUGAGGAGGCGAAAAGACGAUCAAGGACAUCCACAAGAAGAGCCCCUCAUACCGUCUUCGUCGCUCGCACCGUCAC